GGGUCCCCUCCGCCCCGCCCUCCUCCUGCCCUCCCCCCCCGGGCCUCGCCUCCGCGCCGCGGCCGGCAUUUCUCGCUCGCAGCUCGCCCGCGGGCUGGCUCUCGGUCCCGGCCUCCUUCUCCUCCCUCUGACUCUCCUCCUUCCCUCUCCGACCCUUUUUCUCUCUCUCCCCUCUGCCUCUCCGACCCUGAUCUAGUCGUUCCCUCCGCCCUUUCUUCUCCUGCCUCUUGCCUUCCUCUCUCUCUUUCGGUCGAUUCCCCUGCCUCUCAUUCUCUCUGUGUCUCUGCUUCUCUCCCCGUUUCCCUCUCGGUUUCUCUCUUCCCCCUCCCUCCCUCCGGGCUUCUCUCCCCCCCCCACCACCCGUGCCCUCCCUCCACCCUCGCUCCCCUCCCCCUCCACCCCUCGCAGCCCAGCCGCUCGCAGCUCCCCAGUCAGCCUCCCCGAACCAGCGCCGCCGCCGCCUGCACUCGCCGCAGGACCGGCCCGCCCGGCUUCCCGGGGUGCGCCCUCCUCGGCCCCGCGCCCUCGGGGCUCGCUGGCACAGCCUCCUCCCCCGGCUCACGGCCCCGCCCGACCCGGCCCCAGUCCAGCGCCCGAGCGCGCCGAGGAUGUGAGUCCAGCUCGCCUCUGCCGGAGCAGCAGCCACUCGCGCGCCGCCGAGCCGGAGCGCAGCGCAGCGCAGCCUCGGGCGCUCGCGGGGUCGCUCGGGCCGGCUGCGCGCUCCUGCCCCAGCAGCGCCCUCCGGCCUCUCGCCGGCGCCAGCGCCGCCGCAGCCCGCGGGCCGUCCCCGGCCGGCCGUCCCCGGCCCCAGCGCCGCUGACCCUGUCCGCCGCGGGCGGGGACGCGGGCGGAGGAGGUGCCGCCGCGGAGCCCCCGGACGCGACCAUGUCGGAGGUGCUGCCCUACGGCGACGAGAAGCUGAGCCCCUACGGCGACGGCGGCGACGUGGGCCAGAUCUUCUCCUGCCGCCUGCAGGACACCAACAACUUCUUCGGCGCCGGGCAGAACAAGCGGCCGCCCAAGCUGGGCCAGAUCGGCCGGAGCAAGCGGGUUGUUAUUGAAGAUGAUAGGAUUGAUGACGUGCUGAAAAAUAUGACAGACAAGGCACCUCCUGGUGUCUAACUUCCCUAAAGACAAUGAGUUAAGGGAGAGAAUAAGAAUGAGAACGGCGAUAUCAGUUAUUGGCAAAAAGCAUGAAAAGAGAAAGCACUUUGAAAUUUAUUACUAGCUUGCUACCCACGAUGAAAUCAGCAACCUGUAUCUCGUGCCAGGCCGGGAGACAGAUGAGGCGUGAGAAGGAGAAGGCUCUGGGCUCCUUUGCAAAGAUAAAAAUUAAAAAAAAUUUUUAAAAAAUUUAAAAAAUCACUAUAUAUAUAUACAUAAAGAAAUAAAGAGAAGUCUCAGUUGAAGCUAUUUGUCAAAAUUAAUAUCCAUUUCUUUUUAUAUACAGUGAAUAUUGCGCAAUUAUAGAUCUGGAUUUUGAACCACUUAAAUAAUGAAGCAGCAACACCGGGUGUUUUGAGGUGUUGGCAUUCUUCGCUGAUUUGGCUGUUCCCAAUGUUUACAUUAUUUAAUCUUGCAAAAAUGAUUCUGUGCACUUGGAUGUAAAAUGCUGUCCAGUUUUAUUUUUUUAUGUUGUUAUCCUUGGAUGUACAAAGAAAAUCAGAAAAUGAUCUCUAUAGAUAUUGCAUUCUAUUUUGGUCAUCUUUUGAAGUUAUCAAGAAUGUGUUUAAAACAAGACGGGAACUUUUCUAAGGAAUCAUACAUAGAAAAAAAUCGUCGCUUUAUUUUAAAAUGAAUUGUAAAGCUUGUGUUUCUUUGUUGCUGCGAGCUAUUUGCCCAAGUUAAUGCAAAUGAACACAUUUUAUAUGUCAGGAAAAAAAAAACCACACAAAAAACAAAGAAAAAAAAAUGCUUGAGCUUUUUCUAAUCCCUCCCUGCAGUCUGUUGUGUGAGCAGCCUUUUUUUUCUCUAAUAUUGUGUCAGUUUAUUCUCUUUAAUGGACUGUAAAAAAAUGUAAUCACAAGAGUGCCAAAUAUCUUGAAAUGCCAAAAGGCAUUUUGGUUUCUUUUCUUUUCCCUGUGCUCUGAGUCCACGUAAAGGAAUGCUUGGAGUGUCUUUUUCUGUUAUUUAUAGGGGUUCUCUUAGGGCACACCAGCUGCCUGUUUUGCAUGGUAUUUGCAAAAAUGCCUCUUGCGUGAGGAAUCUUUUACCAUUUUUUGUUUGCAACUUUGGACCUCAAGAGGUUUCUUCCUUUCCCUACCCUGUUGCCUCUUUUCUUAAUUCGAUAUUCUGUAUGUUGCACCUUUAACCAGCACACAGGGCUAUUUCUUCAA